AUGGAAAAUGAAGGAUUGAAAGAGGAACUGCUGAGGGCAGAGCAUCGUCUGCUGAAGGUGACUCGAGACAAGAGCUUCCUUCUCGAUCGGCUGCUGAACUACGAGAAGCCCGACCCAGGGACCAGCAGUGAUGCCGGCGAGGAGACAGAGUCCUCCGAUGAUGACGAACGCCGUCAUCCUCCCCCUCAGAAGAGAAAGAAGGGCAAUAGUGAAGGAGGAGGGAAGAAAGGGAAUUCAGGCACUUCAUCUUCCCAGCCACCCAGGAAGGAGCCCAAGAAAAAGUCCAGUUCUGCCAAGGCCAGCAAAUCUAAAUCUUCCUCUUCAUCUCAUUUGGUGAGUGGAAUUCAGCUUGGAAGCAUGGACGUUCGAAUUCCCUCAUCCUCGUCGUCCAUGUUGGAUGGAGACCGAGGCGUUCUUCCUCCCCAACCGCACUUGUGAUAGAACUCCUUGAGGUAUCACGGGUGGUAAGUUUUCAAUCCACAAGUACUCAUUGCACCCCUGAAUAAAUUCUUAACUCAAUAAAUUUGAGCUGGAUAAGCGUAAGAGCAAUUAGAAAGUUUUGAAACAUUUGAAAAUGCAUUUCGAAUUUUGUUAUAUAAUAAUGAUUCCUCUCAUCCUAUAUGUUCAGCAAUGUUCCAGUUGUAUUCUUUUGAAAAAUACUGAUGGUCUUUCAUCUUUUCCAUCCCUACAGCCUACCUCUACGUGAAAUUCCAUAAUAUAUGUUGGGAUACUGAUAUCAAAGGGCUUUACGAAGCUCUCUUGAUGCAAUCGGACAAGACUUGGAACUGUGUCUCAGUUCGACCCAUCCAAGUGGGAGGCUACUGCAGUAGAGUCCCUGUUAUUCACCUCUCAUCUGUAUACUUUGGGGAAUCUCAUCUCUCUCUUGAGUGAUCAAUUAGUUUGCCUCGCAAACAUGAAAAAAGUACCAGAAUAAAAAUUUUG